UAAUUAGAUUGAAAGGUAGUUUUUUGAGGCAUUUUUGUCCUACAUGCAUGUUCUAGCAGCCAUGUGGGGUGGUUUUCGGUUUGAGCUUGAAUGGUCUGAGGAGUGUUCUUGCUUGCAUUUGGUUUUGCAGUUGGGCAUGUGGGUGUAGAUUACAAUUGAGAGAUAGCAUUUGGGUUUGAUCUAUGGUGGGCUCUGUGAUGGCAUGUGUGGAUUUUGUGGAGAGUGUGGGGGUUUCAGAGGGGUUCAAGGAUUGUCCAUCUUACUGCCCUCCUGCUCCUUCUUUUGGGUGGCUCAGUCCCAGGAUCUCCUUCAGCAAAGAUUUUGUGGAAACAGGGGAGAUUGAAAGCACUGAAAGUAAUUUCAGCAGUAGCAGUCAUCAACAAGUAGAAGAAGACCCGCAAGAACCAGGUAUGCAGGAAACAGACAAUAGCAACAGUAAUGAUUUUGAGUUCUGUUUGAGUUUACCAGAUGACCCACUUUCAAUGCUGCCAGCAGAUGAGUUAUUCUAUCAGGGGAAGCUCAUGCCCCUUCAGUGCCCCUCAAGGUCUGGUCCUUUCACAGACCAACCCUUAUCUUUUUCCUCUAAUGAUGGAGGGGGCACAGCCUCUGGUACCAUCGCCUCCACCACCACCACCACAAGACCAACAACAAUCCAAAUGAUCUGUAACAAUGUGGAUUCAUUAAGUGUGUCUCCCAAAGCCCCCAGAUGCUCCAGCAGGUGGAAGGAGCUUCUAGGGCUGAAGAAACUCCAGAACCACAAGCAGGAUAUUCUUUCCCUGCAUGCAUCCCAACAUGCCCCUAAGUCCUCGCUUGCAACAAAGACCCACUUGACGCCCAAGUCCCUCAAGCAUCUCUUCCGAGGGUCAGAUUCAAAACUACAUUCUUCUUCUUCUUCUUCGUCUUCUUCUUCUUCAUCACUAGAUCUAUCCAGCCAGCCUUUGUUGGCUCAUCAGCCUCCAAGAGACUCUGAUGCCGAUUCAGGCUCUGCCCGCAUCUCGGUCUCAUCAACUUCAUGCGCUGCAGAUCUGGAGGAUUUGCCUAGGUAUUCAUUGGAUUCAGAGAAAGGAAAUCCAAAUCCUAUUAGGGCACCACUGAGAGUGAAUGUUAGAAAGCCCAGAUUCCCUGAUGUUACUUCAGAUGGAAGAGGUGCUAGGGUUGGGAGGAGCCCAUAUAGAAAUAUUGAUACGAAGCUUCCUCUCAGAGGGUCCUCAGUUGAUAGCCCUCGGAUGAACUCAUCUGGUAAAAUCGUGUUCCAGAGUCUAGAAAGGAGCUGUAGCAGUCCUAGUAGCUUCAGUGCAAACAUGAGAAGUAAGGAUCCCCACUACAGGAAUUGCAGGCAGAAGGAAAACUGGAGAGCAAUGGAGAGAUCAUACUCUGCCAAUGUCAGAGUUACUCCUGUUCUAAAUGUACCUGUUUGUUCUCUCAGAGCGUCCAAGGUAGGAGGAGGAGGAGCAUCAACAAAGGGUGCCAUGUUUGGUUUCACCCAACUGUUUUCUCCCCAGAAGAGAGAAACCAAUAAACCCAAUAGGAUUUCUUCUCAGACUUCUGUUGGUACAUCAAGCAGUAAUCUGCAUAGGAGAGAAGGAUGAUGGAUAUUCUGUGGAAGUCUUUAAGCUGCUGUGCAAAGAAAUGAUUUCCACUAAAAGAUGAGACUUAAAGCUCUCUUGCUGUUGAUUCGUUGGUUCAAUUGGUUGAACUCAUUUUGAGGCUGAAGUUUGGAUUCUGUGACCCUCUACUGGCCAGUAGUCUGGGCUCUGAUCGCUUCUUUUCAGUUAAAAAUAGUGGAUCUCUUUUUUGGAUAGUUGAUUUCAACGUGCCAAGUUACUUCCAUGAGGAUGGAUUUUAUUUUAUUGAAUGUAGUCUCCGGGAAGCUUUUCUAGUCCUACAGGCUACCCCAAGAAAAGGGCAGUUAAUUUCUUUGGUUUAUUUGUCUAUGCAAGGGAUCACUUUUGUACAGUGUUUAGAUUGGAGUGAUAUUUGUUCGUUUUCAAAUAAGAUCCUAGCUAGCUUUAGGAAGGGCUUUUCUGCUGAUGAUAGCCACCACAAACAAUUCUUUGAAAUACUCUUUGAUUUUCGGUUUUGGCCAAGAUUGUUCCUUAUUGAUUUAUGCGGCCUGUGUUUGUAGGUGCAAAUGCUUAAGAGGUAAUCCUUCCUCUUGCUUGCUAUGAGGCUGUUUUGUUUCUUCAGAUCAAUGAGGGACUUUCUGAACAACUUUUGCUUGUCCAGGAGUGUUAAUGUAGAUUGUAUAUGUGAUUAGGGACGAUACUCCAAAUGAUAAGCUUCUAGCAAAUUUUGAUUU